UUGUGGGCCCGGACCCGGGGGGCUGAAAUGAUCACCCCAAACAUAUGAUCUAUUGAGGGAAGGCAGAAGUAGGGAGAGACUGACGUCUCAACUCUGAAUCAGGUGGAGAUGCAGUGGGUAGGCAAGGUUGUGGAUCAGAUGAUGAGAGGAGUAAACAACAAUACGGUGAUCAACGUAUUCCUGGUAGCAUCGUUUGCGGCGUUGACAAUCAGGUCAGUGAACCAGCAGAAGGACAUUCAAGCCCUUGAAGCCGAGAAGGACUCCCUCCUCAGGACCAACAAAGCCAUGAAGAAGGCCAUGUGGGAUUGGAAGCAGAAACUCUUCGCCGAAGCCACUGAUGGGGUCUGCCCGGUUCCUCUCUCCAGACUCAGAGCCAUCUACGGUGAAGCGCCCACGCAGCCAGCUGUAGUAGGAAACACUGUGAAGGAAGACCCAAAAUCCAUACCGAAAUUUGUAGUCUGACUAGGUUCUAUGUUAUCCUCUCUGAAACUAUAAACUUGAGAACCAUUUAGAGGAAUCCCUGCUUCUCAUUUUAAUAGAGCAGGCUAUCAAGAAAGAGAUUCCAACGAAACACUCCACAUCUCAGUGUUAUACUGCCACAGUACGCCUUUAGUACUUGCAGGUUAGGAUUCAAGUUUGUCAUAGUAUUAUACAUUUGAUAGCUGUUUGGUAGUUUUGGGUUGCAUCACGUAAUUUCAAGUGAGUGCCACCUGACAGCAUCGACUACCGAAUCAUAUCUAUUUUUUUAUCAGAAAAUAGGAUUCUUUAGAUUCUGUUCACUUUUUUAUAUCAAAA